AUGACGAGGGAGGGGCUGCGGGUCGGUCAGAAGGAAGGUCGAUCAGACAGAAUGUCGAGGUCGGAGCUUGGGUCACGGAUGGAGAAGGAGAUCAUCGUUGGAGGAAAGGAUUGUAUAGUGGAGUCGAGAAAUAUGACAAGAGGAAAGGGAAUGAAGUCAAAGGGCAGUAACAAGCAGGGCCUUAGUCAACAAACAUCAAUAAAAGCAAAUGCAAAAGAUGACAGGAAAGAGAGCAAAAGUGAUGAGGUGACAAAUUUGAAAAGCCUGAAUGAUAGAAAAGAAAUAGAUGGGUUGAAAGAUAAAUUGAGAAUGUGUGAUGAUGCCAAUAACAAAUUGCAAGAAAGCAGUGAUGUAAUGAAGGAAUUACAAGGGCUUAAAAGUGAGCUUGAUCAAACAAAACAAUUGAGUGAGAAUCUUGGAAAAUUGUGUGAUCAAUUAGGGAAGGAAAAAAAUGAGCUGGAAAAUAAUUUGAAAAAAUCAAAUGAUGUGAUUAAGGGAUUACAAGAUAAAAUGACUGAAGAUAGAAGCUUGUGGGAUGCUUCCAAGACAAAACUGGAAGCAACAAUUGUGGAGGUACAAACUAAGCUUGACACUGUAGAGAAGGAAAGAAAUGUAUUGAGCCAGAAACAUGAGGACUUGUACACUAGCUACAGAAAUGACAAAAAUGAGUGGAAAAAAUGCAAUGAUGGUGCUAUGAAAUUAAAAACAAAGAUGGCUGCAGAUCAGGGAUUGUGGGAUUCAUGUAGGGUGAAUUUAGAAGGAAAAGUUGCAGAGCUGCAGAUUGCAAUUCUUGAAGAAAGAAAAUAUAGCCAGAAACAACAAGAAUUGUCGACUAAAUUGAGGCAAGAAAAAAUUCAGAUGGAAAAUAAACUCAAAAAAAUCAAUGAUACUAGUAAGAAAUUGAAUACAAAGAUGAGUGAGGAUAAGCGGUCAUGGGAUUCCUGUAAGGAGAAGUUGGAAAACCAGGUUUCAGAGCUACAAAAUGAGCUUAAUGAAGCGAAAGUAUUCAGCCAAGGACAUGAACAACUGUGCAGUAAGCUGAGACAAGAAAAAACUGAUUUGCAAGAAAGAGUUUUACAGCUGGAUGGUGAUCUUAAUGAAGCAAGAAUUUUGAUUAACAAACAUGAAGAAUUGCGCUCUGAAUUACUGAAAGAAAAUAAUCAAUUGGAAAGUAAGGUAAGAAAAUACAGUGAUGAGACUGAAGAAUUGAAAGCAAAAUUGUCUGAAGCUGGGUGCUUGUGGGAAUCUUCUAAGACACAGUUGGAAGCCACUGUUACAGGGCUGCAAAAUGAGCUCAAUGAAACAAAAGUGUUGAGCCUGAAGGAUGAAGAAGCAUGCAUUCAAUUAAGGCAUGAAAAAAUAAAAUUGGAAGAGGAGUUGAGAGAGUUGAAUAAUAGGAAUGAGGAAUUACAUGAAAAAAUGACUGAAAAAGGUUACCUUUGGGAUACUUGUAAGGUGAAUUUAGAAGGUACGAUUGUAAAGCUGCAGAAAAAGCUUAAUGAAACAAAGAUUCUGGCCCACCAUAAUCAAGUCUUAUGCAAUGAAAUAAGUAGAGAAAAAGCUGAGUUAGAAAAUAAUUUUAAUCAAUCCAUUAAUGAAACUCAACAAUUAAAGGAAAAAUUGGCUGAAGAUAGGCACAUGUGGGACGCUUCCAGGGGAGAAUUUGAAGUUAGAAUUGCAAAACUGCAAAAUGAUCUCAAUGAAGCGAGAAUGCUAAGUCAAAUGUAUGAAGAUUUGCUCUCUCAAUCAGGACAAGAAAAAAAUGAGUUGGAAAAGACUCUUAGACGACUACAAAAUGAAGUCGAUGAAACAAAGAUUUUGAGAGUAAAAGACCAAGAGCAGUGUAAUGUGCUAAGGGAAGAAAACAAUCGGUUAGGACAUAAGUUGAAACAGUGCAAUGAAAGGAUUGCAAAAUUAAAUACAAAAAUUAAAGAAGAGGAGCUAUUGUGGGUUUGUAAUAAGGAGGGUUUGGAAAGCAGACUCGCAGAUGCGCAGUAUGAGAAAGAGACAUUGAUCCAGGAUUAUAGAGCUCUGUGGGCCCAUUUAAGAGAUGAAAAAUAUGAGCUGGAAGACAAACUGAGAGAAUGCAACGAUAGGAAUAAGGAAUUGCAUGCACAGAUGAGAGAAUAUUGCCGCUUGUGGGAGGCUCGCAAGGCGAAAUUUGAAGACUCUAUUGCAGGGCUGCAAAAUAAUUUUAAUCAAUCCAUUAAUCAAACUAAACAAUUAAAGGAAAAAUUGGCUACUUGUAAGGGGGAAUUUCAAGUUACAAUCGUAAAACUGCAAAAUGAGCUUAAUGAAGUGACAAUGUUAAGCCAUAAACAUGAGGAUUGGUGCUCUCAAUCAGAACAUAAAAAAUAUGAGCUGGAAAAGGCUUUUAUACGGCUACAAAAUAAGCUUGAUGAAACAAAUAUUUUGAGAGAAAAAGACCAAGAAGUAUGUAAUGUGCUAAGAGAAGAGAAUAAUCAGUUAGAAAAUAAGUUGAAAGAAUGCAAUGAUAGGAUUGGGGAUUUAAAUAGAAAAAUUGAAGAAAACGAGUGGUUAUGGGUUAGUAGUAAGGCUGAUUUGGAAAACAAAGUUGCAGAUCUGCAGUCUGAGAAAUGGAUAUUGAGCAAGGAAUAUAAACUUCUGUGGGCCCAUUUAACAGAUGAAAAGGAUGAGUUGGAAAACAAAUUGAGAGAAUGCAACGAUAGGAAUAAGGAAUUGCAUGCGCAGAUGAGAGAAGAUACCCGCUUGUGGGAAACUUGUAAGGCAAAUUUUGAAGGCUCUGUUGCAGGGCUGCAAAAUAACCUUGAUUUGAUGACUAAUGAAGGGAGAAUUUUGAGCCAGGAAUAUGUAGAAUUGUGCAUUGAAUGUGAGUUUUUGAAGGCACAGCUGGGAGAUUAUAAUGAUAUACUAAGCUCUAUGGAAGAUGAAACAUGUAGCCUAAUGUCUCUCUCAGAGAGCAAUGCAAAGACAGUGGAGGCCUUGCAAACUCAAGUGCAAUUGAUCACCCAUGAACAAAAAAAAUUGAGCAAGACAAAUGAAGAACUGACUACAGAAAAUGAAUCUCUGAAAUUGAAAUUGGAAGAACUGACUACUGAAAAUGAGAGGAACUCACUUAGAUCUACGCCAGCAAGCAGGGAGGUGCCAUUGAUUCAAGAAAAUGGUUUAUUGAAACAAGUUCAUGAGCUUCAAAACAGGUUUCCACUGAUGAAAGAUUAUAGACGGGUUUCCACUGAUGAUAAGCUCGAUUCGGCAUCAUGGGAGAGGCAAUUACUCACAUCUCUAUCAGAAAACAGUGAUAAAAUUAAGGAAGAUCUAGUUAUCGAGAAUAGAACAGUGAAACAGGAAGCCCUUCAACUUGAUCGAGAAAACCAACUCUUACAAAAGGACAUAUCGAUAAAACAGUCAUUACUUCACACAAAAGAUGGCAAAAUUACAGAAUUGAAUGCAAAAAUGAGUGAUCUUAAGAAUGCGAUCCAAGUGUUGGAAGAGAUUGGAAGAAAAAAUACUGAAGUACUGGAAGAAUAUGGAGGUGUAAGGGAAGAGCAAGAGAAGGAAAAGGAAAGUGAGGAGAAAAGGGAGGAGUCUAUGGGGAGGGUUUCACAUCGGAACCAAACAGCCUUUAUUGGUAAUUUGAUGUCUUGCAUUCUUCUAGACAUUGAGAAGUCUAAUGUAGGGAGACGCUCUUCUACUGCCACAAAAAGUAUCAGUCUUCCUUCUCAUACACUACUUUGUGGAUGUCCUUAUGGUUGGUUCGGUGGGAUAGUAUAA